AAAUACAUACCACUUAAAAAAUGCACACGCAGCACACACAGCUGUUUUACUUCUAAAUUUAAUAAACACGCAUGAACAAUUCUCGCAGAAACACGAUUAACGAAUGCGGGAGCGUGAGAAGAGAGAGAGAAACGAUAAGAGCCCGCCGAUGCUUCGCGCCAUAUCGGAAGACAGAAUAAUAAAAUGAAUCAUUUUCGUAACGAAGUGUUUGCAUCAUUUAUCUUGACGACAAAAUGCGUGCUAUGUCAUUUUAUAAUCACGACGAUUCCACGUUAGCGAAGAUACUCGACUCUCUGCAGUUUCAGUCGUGAAGAGUUAUCGGCAGAAUCAACAUGGAUCAUAAGACAGAAAAAGUGGUAACCAAGAGGGUCAUGUGGCCCCAGUGGCUCGCUGGUAUCGGAGUGGCUCUUCUGAUGCUGCAAAUGGGCCUGUCGCUCGCUUGGAACUCGCCGUACAUCGCCUACCUGACUUCACCCGAGUCUUAUAUUUCAAUGACGAUGAAGGAAGCGUCCUGGGUGGUCUCCCUGAUAAAUUUCGGCCGGAUAUUCGGUGCGAUUUUCGGUUCUGUCUCCGUGAGCUACCUCGGCAGCAAGACAACGAUCUUGAUCAACAGUUUUCCAAUAGCAAUGUGCUGGAUCUUGACGAUCGCGGCUAAUCGGGUGGAGUGGCUAUACGCUGCGAGGUUUUUAGUAGGCAUCUAUAUAGGAAUGACGUACAGCAGUUUCUCGCUUUACCUGGCGGAGAUCGCGGAUCCUACCAUCCGCGGAGCCCUAGUCGUUCUAGCUAUGAGCGGAUCAACGAUAGGCAGCUUGAUAAUCUCCGCCAUGGGUGUAUAUCUGACGAUGGAGGUUUCCGGUAUAGCGUGCCUCCUGCUUUGCUUCGUAGUGAUGAUUAUCUUCAUAUGGUUACCGGAAUCGCCGCACCAUCUUCUCAAGACCAAUCAACAGGACAAGGCGCGGCUGGCGUUGCUCUGGUAUCACCGCGACUGCGACGUGGACAUGGAGCUGCGGACUUUGCAGGAGUUCAUCGAAACGAACAACAAUCUAUCGUUCAUCAACAUCCUCGGAGAAUUUAAGAAGGCACACCUCAGGAAAGCAUUGGUACUCCUAACGAUGCUCUUUAUGUACAGCAUGAUGUGCGGCUUGAACAACAUAUACUUUUACAUGGAGAUUAUCCUAACAAAUGCGCAAGUGACUGUCAUCAAGCCGGCGAUAAUUGUGACUAUCGUUGCCGCUUUCGGGAUUGCUGGCUCCAUCUUGUCUUUUUUCCUUAUCGACAAGUUUGGUCGGCGUUUUCUGAUGAUCAGCUCUAUCUUGGCUUGCGUCAUUUCGUUGCUCUGUCUCGGCUUACAAUUCCACCUUCUCGACGCGGGCUACGACGCCACCGUUUUGCAGGGCUUGGCGAUCUUCGCGAUGAUACUGUUCCAAGUUGCAGUCUUCAUAGGUAUGCUCUCGGUGCCCAACACGGUACUGGGCGAGAUCUGCCCGCCGCACGUCAAGAAUGUGGUCGCGUGUUUCACCAACAUCAUCGCGGGAAUCUUUUCCUUCAUAUCCACGGCGACUUAUCAGCCUCUCAUCGAUCUGAUCACCGAGAAGUACAUAUUUUUCGUUUACGCGCUGAUAUUGUUGACUGCGAUUCCGUACAUGUUAAUCUACCUGCCCGAGACCAAGGGAAAGUCGUUGCAGCAAAUCCAAGAAGAUCUGACGAAGAAGACACCUAGAUCGAGUUUGGACGCGGUACGGCGAGACGCAAGAGAGAGAGCAUUCAGCAGAGUCAACAUGGAUCAUGGAACAGAAAAGGUGGUAACCAAGAGGGUCAUGUGGCCUCAAUGGCUCGCUGGUAUCGGAGUGACUUUUCUGAUGCUGCAAAUCGGCCUGACGAUCGCUUGGAGCUCACCGUACCUCGCUUAUCUGACUGCUCCCGAAUCUCACAUUUCAAUAACGAUGAAUGAAGCAUCCUGGGUAACUUCCCUGUUAAAUUUGGGUCGGCUAAUCGGUGCGAUUACCGGUUCCGCCGCCGUAAACUACCUCGGCAGCAAGACAACCGUCUUGGUCACCAGUUUUCCGAUGGCGGUGUGCUGGGUCCUCACGAUCGUGGCUAAUCGGGUAGAAUGGUUGUACGCCGCUAGAUCUUUAGCCGGCGUCAGCCUGGGAAUGACGUAUAGCAGUUUCUCGAUCUACUUGGGAGAGAUCGCGGAUCCUACCAUCCGCGGAGCCUUGGUCGUUCUAGCUGUAAGUGGAUUAACGAUAGGCAAUUUGAUGAUCUCCAUCAUGGGCGCAUAUUUGACGAUGGAGGUCUCCGCUAUAGCGUGCCUCCUGCUCUGCGUUGUAGUGAUGGUCAUCUUCACGUGGUUGCCGGAAUCGCCGCAUCAUCUCAUCAAGACCAAGCAACAAGACAAGGCGCGGCUGGCGUUGCUCUGGUAUCACCGCAACUGCGACGUGGACAUGGAGCUGCAGGGCUUGAAGAAGUUCAUCGAGAUGAACAACAAUCUACCGUUCAUGUCUAUUCUCGGGGAAUUCAAGAACGCGCACAUCAGCAAGGCGCUACUACUCGUAAUUGUGCUCUUCAUGUAUAGCAUGUUGUGCGGCUUGAACAGCAUAAUCUUCUACAUGGAGAUCAUCCUGACAACUGCGCAAGUGACCGUCAUUCAGCCGGCGAUAGUGGUGAUUAUUGUCACCGCUUCUGGGAUCGCCAGCUCCUUCGUCUCCAUGUUCUUUAUCGAGAAAUUCGGCCGGCGUAUCUUGAUGAUCAGCUCCAGCUUGGCUUGCGCCAUCUCGGUGGCUUGCCUCGGUUUACAGUUCCAGCUUCUCGACGUGGGCUACGAUUCCGCCGUUUUGCAGGGCUUGCCAAUCUUCUCUAUGAUACUCUUCCAAAUAUCAAUCUUCGUGGGCAUGCUCCCGGUGCCCAACGCGGUGCUGGGCGAGAUCUUCCCGCCGCACGUCAAGUGCGUGGCCGCGUGUUUCAACAGCAUCGCCACUGGGAUCUUCUCUUUCAUAGCCACGGCGACUUAUCAGCCUCUUAUCGAUCUGCUCACCGAGAAGUACGUGUUCUUCGGCUACGCGCUGAUAUUGUUGACCGCGAUCCCGUAUACGAUACUCUGCUUGCCCGAGACCAAGGGCAAGUCGUUGCAGCAGAUCCAAGAAGAACUGACGAAGAAGAGCUGAGUUCGGACCCCGAGCAUGCGACGUUUACAACGAAUUGUCUCCGUCGAACGAGUUGGUUCGUAUUCGUGAAAUGUCCCGUUCAUCAUGGGACGAUCAUCGUUUCUUCGUUUCUGCUCUUUGUUUCUACGCCGCGAAUCUUCCUCUUGCGCGUGUAUCGAUGUUUGUGUUUAUGGUUACCGUGACGUAAAUUGCAUGUGACCUGGCAAAUGACCCUCCGCGCUAAUCUGACUUGUGCCGUACGAUAAAUCGUCCAAUUGUGGAAUAUAAGCCAAAUAUUAUUUCGUGAGAGACCUUUUUACGAAUACGCGCAAAUUUGUUGGAGUAUCUUUUUAUCCGUUAUAUGUGUGUGUGUGUGUGUGUGUGUGUUCGCGCGUUAGUUUAGUUUUGAUAAAAUGAAGCGUAGUACAUUUAUAUCACAUAUGUCCUCCGUUUUAUAUACAAUUGCGUGAGAUUGAUAGAGCGGCAGGAUAUUAUUAUAUCGUAAAAUAAGGAGAAUGUGUAUUUUCUUCAGCUCAUAAUUAUCGAAAAAUCGCGUUGCGUCCGUCGACGCGCGACAAUGAACGGCGAGUCGCUCAAAUUAGACGUGGCAGCGGCGUGCAAUUUGGCGACGUUACAGCAGCCCGAUGGAUGCAAAACACACGCCUAUCUUAAUCUCCCUUGUACGAUUACCUUGGCGGAUCUUUUUGCCGGCAAACAAUUAUCAUACGAGCUUCUCGCUGGAGAUACGCGAGAUACGAUCUCGCGAGAUACGAGAUGCAUUUAAUCUUCGCCGUCAGCGCGCCACUCUCAAACACGCACAAUGCAUUAAAUCAUCGGCUACUUCGCGCAAGCGAGACCUCGGAAAUUUCGGACGUGGAACGGCAGUUCUGAAAAUAUGGGAAGUCACUUUGGCGAGACAAAUAGGUCUUUCCGCCUCUCUCUCCUCUCUCUCCUCUCUCCCUCUCUCUCUCUCUCUCUCUCUCUCCUCUCGUUUCUCGGUACUCGCAAUAUGCGUCGCAGAUAAAUGCACGGCGUAAUGAGAGUGGCCUUUACGAGCUGCUCCCAAACUGAAAGCUCGCCGAAACUUGGCGGCGCGCGAUUAAACGACAGUCGCGGAGAGGCUCGUCAAUGGAGGCCGUUGUGUAACGUUCCGUCUUAUUUCCUCGCUAACCGCAGAACGUCGUGACUAUAUUUUUAUCCCCCCCCCUUCUCUUUCGCUGAUGAAUAUAGAGCGGCGCGACGUAUCAACGACGGGAGCCGGUUUCAUGCUUUAAAGAGACGAUAUUUCGAGCGACGACGGCGUCGGAGGUGCCGUGAGACCGAGUUACUGCAAAUUGGCCACUAUCUUAUCGCGCAGAGGUCAUUACCGAAUGGCGCGUUUUAUCGUUGCACAUAUAAACGACGUGAAAUCAACGCAGUGUCUACUCGCUCGCGCGCGCGCGCGCGCGCGCGCCUUGUAAUUCGCAAAUAAACUCUGCCAAUCGCGCUCCCAAUUGCAUCGCGCUGCUCGAAUCGAAUAAAUAGCGCGAUAAAUCGCGUCGCGCGCAGCGGAUCCGUCGAGCGUAACGCGGUCGCUUUGCGUUAAGAGAGGACACACGGUAACGAGAGGAACUUGGCGCGAGAAAUCCUCGGAGAUAUACCGAGCGGGAUAAUUCAAUGGGACGCGGCGCAGCGAUUAAAGUUCGUAUUGUUUCUCGUCGAUCCUGCCUGUUCUUUUUAACCGCGUUAUAUCCUCUCGCUGUGCGAUUUUCACAGCAGCUUGCCUCUUCGGCUUCUAAUAAAUUCCGCGGUGAUACUUGAUGGAGCGUCAUGCGCCAUUCGCCGGUGUGCUCUUC